AAACUAGCAGACUGGUACGCAUGCGCGUAGAUGCGCAUGCUGCUUAAUAGAGUUGUGCCACUGCAAAACAAACCGCGUACACCCAAAAAUACUCAAAACGAUGCUCAGAAAAUUCAGGUGAUGGUACUUACACAAUGGCUAAUCCAGCUAUUCGGAUGUUACGGCGGCUAGAGGGUCUUUUUUGUGUUUACAAACCCUCUGGUGUCCACUGGAAACUCGUACGGGAUACCAUCGAGACCAAUCUUCUUAAAGGUUUGAACGCCACACCGUCCCAGCCGGUUCCUCAGGAGGUCCGCUUCUUAACCUCAGCAGACAGUGAUGCUGAAGCAUCCAAGGGACUCACACUGUCUGCAGCCUCUGUGCCAGUACUUUCCAAGCAUCCUCUGGUGACUGGACCUGAAUUCCAGCAAAUCAAAGUUGGAGUAGGACAUCGGCUGGAUGCAUUUUCUUCUGGUGUUCUUGUUCUCGCUGUUGGGAAUGGAAACAGGACCCUAAAUGAUUUAUACAGAACACGAGUCACAAGGGAUUAUACACUGGAGGGAGAAUUUGGGACUGCAUCAGAUGAUUUCUCUAACACAGGCCGGGCUGUGGAAAGAUCUACCUAUGGUCACAUCACACAGGACAAUCUGGACAGAGUCUUGGCAAUGCUGCAGGGAGUCAACCAAAAGGCCAUGUUAACGUAUUCCAACGUAGACAUGCGCUCGCAGGAAGCUUAUGAGCUGGCUGCGCAGGGUUUACUUGGUUCAGACAUGAAAUCGCUGCCUAUUCUGACAGGCCUGCGUUGCAUUCACUUUCAGCCGCCCAACUUCACUUUAGAAGUGCAGUGUGCCAAUGAAACUCAGAAAUAUUUGCGCAAAGUUGUGCAUGAGAUAGGACUGGAGCUGCGCAGCACAGCAGUGUGCAAAGGAGUCAGGCGGACCAGAGACGGACACUUCAGCUUGCAGGAUGCCCUGACCCGUCACCACUGGACUGCUUCUGAUGUCAAGCAGGCCAUAAAACAAUACCACUUGACCAUUAAGAGUAAAAGACAAUCCCGCCCACAGAUCAAGGACCAAGCGUUACAACCACCUGAGGAGAAUACAACGGCAGCCAGUCAUCAAAAUGACACAAGUAACAAAACACAACAGAUCCACAGUGAGUCUGAGCCUAAUCCCAGUAUCAACAGAACUGUAACCGGAGUCCCUGGUUUGUGAAAGAGAAAGUAUGAGAUUCAUAUUGUUAUUCUUUAGAACAAAAAUGGUUGUGCUACAAUAGUAAACAGCUAUAUAUGAGAUUUUGCACCAAUACCCCCCCAAGAUUGCAAAUUGAACGACUUCCAGGCAAGAUUUCCUUUUCCGUGUGACUUUAACAUCUGCAAAGUAAACGCCAUAACAUCCAGGAUUUACCUCAUCUGCCAGACGAUAAUAUCGGCCGAUAUUAGCAUAUCUAGUGACUAUUGGUAUCUGCUACUACUCAAAUAUGUGCCGAUAUUAUUAGAUUUAUUCAGCAGUCCAGUAGCAUUUCAUUUGAGUUUCAUUGUAUUACACUAGCGGUUCUUUUUUACAAGCAGAGUGUGCGAUAUGGAUUACAACACGAAUCAUCACUCUCCAGAGAGUCAAGAGGUGAUCCAUGAACAUGGGCAGUUACUUUGCAGUUGAGUAACCAUCCUGUUUUACUUAUUCGUCUUUUCUACAAGUUUCUGAUAACUGCAUUUGAGACAUAAAUCUAUAUUUAUCUCUACAGAUCAAAGAUCUCCCUAAUAUCGAUAUCGGCUUUGGACCCAAAAAAAAUCCCAUAUCGGCCGGGCCCUUGUUUAAAAGUCUGAAGUUACAGUUGAAUAUUCUGUUUUUUCCUCUAUUUAGUACCAAAUGAAGUUAUACUUAACGGUACACAUUUGAAAAUGAUUUGGGUUGUAUUUUCAAAUGACUUGUCAAUAAAGUGUUACAUUUUCGUCUUAAUGUUUGAUGUUGAGUCAGUUUACAUGAACCAGCCUGACACUGAACUAUCAUUGAAAUGGAGUAAUCAUUGUCCUGGUGGGUUAAUCAAGUUAGUGAAGAGCCGAUCCCUAAUAUCAGAUUUGGUGUUCUCAUCUAUGUCCUCUGAUGUUGGAAGAUGCUGUCUCAGCAUUUCUGUUUCCCACAAACAAGCUCCUUUGGGACGUUAUGAGGUUACUACAGUGGCGCCGUUGUUGUCAUGCUCUUCAUACCAGUGAAGGACUUGUUGUUCCAGUGGGAACACUGUUGUCUUUGUCAGUGUGGAAACAACACAACGUCCACAAGGAUACAAAUUAACAGGCAUUGUUCUGCAGAUUUAUUAAGCAUGAGACCUGAUGUUGGGUAAAUGGUAACACGCGUUCUGAAGAAAACAGAAACUCUGUCAAAAAAAAAAAAAAAUAGGUUUGCAAGAAUAUAAAGCCUCUCUUAUUACAGAUGCAUUCAUUUUAUUUGUGCUCGUGUCCAACCAGCUGCUUGACAAAUAAGAACGGGACAAGUUCCAGAAACAUUAACUCAGAACAGAUGAGCAACAUAA